AAAAAAAAAAAAAAAAAAAGACUUUCUCCUCCCCCCGCUCCAGUUGUCAGUUCCACGGUUACAAAAAAGAGAGAAGCACACUGUCCCACAGAAACAGGAACGUGCUCAGUCGAAAGCUUUCAGCAGCGCGUAAAAAUGAAAACUUCCCUCAGCACAAGAGUGACUUUCAUAUCAAAACAGAGAAGGGCUUAGCACAGCCGGAGCGUUAACCCCCCCACCCCCCAAGCCUUUACAACUAAAUAAACACAGCCAGUGAGACGCUCGUUCAGCUUCUUUGGAACCGCGAUGAAGUAAAGAACCCCAAACCUGAGCAUGCGCGCGCCGUGCUGCUACCAACACGUCCACGGAGGACAGCUGUGAUGGGUUCCAGCAGACGAGGACAAGAUGAAACAAACACAGAACAUCCAUGAAGGCGGUCCAGAAAACGAACCAGACGCCAGGCUUUUUUUUCCCCCCCGCUUCUCUGCUGAUGUGGAGGAGGACGAACCACAGCUGGAGGCUUCAAUAAAUCACCGCGUAUUACUGCAAGAAGAAAUAUUAGCGAAACUUCAAAAGGAAUGGUUUUAGGAGGAGGAGGGGGGGGGGGGAACAUGAACAAUUGCCCAUAAAGCGGCGAUGUUACACAAUGUUGAAAUAUGUCAAAUCAAAUCUGUGAUUAAUUCUGUCUGAUGAAGCAUAACUUGCACUUCAGCUAACUGCUCUGUUGACUUUGAAAAGAGAUUUUCACAGUUCAGUUAUUAUAUAUUUUGCAGUGGGGGCGGAAUGGCUCAGGUGGUCGUCUUCGCUGAUGGUGUCCAAGUGUCCUUGGGCAAGAUAAUGAACCCCCAGUCGCUCCUGAUGCUGCGUCAUCAGUGCAGUAGGCGAUUGUGUUAGCAGCGUCAAGGCCAAAGGCACAAUUUUCUGACAACAAGGGGCCAACGUGAGGCUAAGAAGACCCCGAGGCCUUCCAACCAUAAAAGUGUUUUUUUUGUGUUUUUGCGACUCCAAAAGUCAAGACUUUCCAAAUGGCACCGCCUGCCACCCUGAAGUCCCGCCCUUAUCUCAACCUCAGCGGGUCCGUCCUGGCAGGCCUGGAUGGCAAGCGAGCCCUUUCUUGUGCAAACAUUGUCCAGAUGACUGCUUCUGCCUGACAGUGAUGCCCCCCUCCACUCACCAUGACAAAGAACCAGCAGGAGGCGGGAGGACCAAUGCUGUCAUCCAGAAGUGGCUAAUUGGUUCCAGACCUGACUGCAAGUGAAGCUGCUGCACUGCGAGUGGGAGUUGCAGAUGUACGCUGCCUCUCGUGCACCGUGCACAGACAGCACGCAGCCUUGCUGGCUGUAGGACGGCCAGCAGCGAUACUCCGCGUUCCCUGACGUUGUCAUGUCUUGCAUCAUGCUGUAAUCUGAACACCAAAGAAGGACAUGUCCUCUUCUGCAGCUCCCCUGAAGUCUUCUGGUUCUCCCGGGUGUCAGCUCGCCUCAACCUUGGAAAACGAGCAGGAGAUGGAUGCUGACUCCACAAAAGGAGACAGCACGGAUGCGAUAGUGAUGGAUGGCUGUUCUGCAGAAGAAAGGAGCAUCCAGGAUACCUAUCGCAGUGGAAUCCCGGCUGUGUCGCUGUGCCCUCCCGAUAGCGGGCAUCCUGGCCAAGCUGAGCGGGAGCUAUGUGAUGGUUGCAGCAGCCUUGACGGACCGUCUUCCUCCACUCAGCUUCAUCACAAACUCCCCCGGGGCUCAGCAGAACUCCCAAAAUGUUCCCACAGCAGACCUUGCACCGCUCUCAAUCCAAACAAAUGCGGAGACCCGAACAGCACCGUUGGCUCUAAUGCAGAGGGGGGUGUGCUGGUGAAAGUGGGACACAGCUGCGGUUCAGCCCAUCAGACGUCUCGCCAGGAUGAAGUGGCGAGAUGUCACUGGCUGCACGGGUCAAGAGACGGCGACGCGCAGAAACGGACGCAGCGCCGCGUGGUGACAGCUUGGGGUGGAGGACUCGACUGCUUUGUGAGAAGUUACUCCCAGCUGCUGGUGGAAUACCCGCUAGAGGUUCUUGUGGGAUGUGCCUUACUGCUCCUCGGAUGUUCACUGGCUGGCCUCUUCAUCGGUCCACUGCCUGACUUCUCGGAGCCUCUGCUGGGCUUUGAGCCACGAGGGACAGACAUCGGCAUUCGCCAGUCCAGCUUGUCCAAGCUGCAGGAGAACACUGGCCCAGGGAAAGCAUUGUCCCUGUUGCCACAGCAGCUCACUCAAAGCACUGCUCCUGAAGGAGAAGGCAUCCACAACACCUCAGGACUACGAUUGAAGAGGAUGCUAGCCACAGACUCGACUUCAGAGUCAUUCCUAUGUGAUGCCCCAGGCCAGCGUUUAGCCCAGCUGGUAUUUCGCUCAGAAAACUCAGCCAGUCUCUGGAGCCUGAAGGCCAUCCACGCCAUGUGUGAGAUGGAACAAUCGAGAAUACGCUCCCAGGCUCAGUUCCAGGAUGUGUGCCAGCAGCAUGUGAGAGCUGAGGCUGAAGCGGUGUCCAGAAGUGGCUGCUGUCCAAGCUGGUCUCUAGGAAAUUACUUAGCAGUCCUCACUAAUGCCUCCUGCUGCCGAAGCCUAACCUCACACCAGGUCUCGGAGGCUCUUAAUCUUCUCCGGAGGUGUGCUCCUUACUAUCACGAAGGCCACCUGGUGGAGGCCUGUUUUCAGACACACAAGUAUGGCAGCUGUUCUUCUGUCCCAUCUCACUGCAAACAAUCUCGGAUAGUUUUCCAAAUUCUACACUUCCUGGUUGAUAAAGACUUCCUCAGCCCACAGACAGCGGAAUAUCAGAUCCCAACGCUCAAGUACAGUCUUCUGUUUCUACCGGUCAACAAAGGGGAACGCAUGAUGGAGAUCUACAUGAGGAGCCUGAAGGGAAGAGAUCUAACGUACAACAACACGACUGUCACUGGCAUGGAUCUUGGAAUCAAGCAGGCACUGUUCAAGUAUUAUCUCGCAAGAGACUCAGUGUUCCCGGUCCUUGCAGUCAUUUCCCUUCUCUUCACAAUGACCCUCUAUCUCCACUCUCUCGUCAUGGUGGCGUUAUCUGUGCUAGCGAUCACAGGAUCCCUCCUCACUUCCUAUUUCCUCUACAAAGUAGCAUUUCGCUUGACUUUCUUCCCCUUGGUUAACCUCACGGCAGCGCUUAUUCUCCUGGGAAGCUGCUCCAAUCAAGUUUUUAUCUUUGCCGACUUCUGGAAUCUGCAGCGGUCCCAGAAGCCCUCGGCCUCCUUGGGGAAGCGAGUACACAGGGUUUUGCAGGAAAUGGGCUAUUUGAUUCUAGCGUCAGGAUUGACCUCCAGUGCGGCUUUUUUCUCUGGAUAUCUCAGCAGCAUCACAGCUAUCAGAUGUUUCUCCGUUUAUCUCGGCACCGCCUCCUUGGUCAGCUCUUUUUUGGCGUUGGUGUGGCUGCCGUGCGCGUUUAUCCUGCAUGAGCGCUACACAGAAGCAUCCUCUGCAUCCGUGCCGCCGCAGGGAUGGAAGCCCUGUUGCACUAAAAACCCUGUCGGAUUUUGGGAUGCGAGCUCACGCAAGAGGUGCCUCUUCACAUUUGGGCAGAAGCUAAGAGAACUGAAACGAGGUCUUGCUGACAUGUCAAAUUUAGUGUUCCUCAAAAUCCUGCCUUGUGGAGUGGUAAAGUUUCGCUACAUCUGGGUGUGCUGGUUCGCAGUGCUGGCUGCGGGUGGCACGUACAUGUCCUGCUUUGACCCGGGAAUGAAGCUCCCCACCCUUGACAGCACCGUCACUCAGCUUUUCCGCUCCAGUCACCCAUUUGAGAGAUACGACGCCGAAUAUCGUCACAUGUUCAUGUUUGAGAGACAGACGAAUGGAGAAGACAGGCCCGUGACAUUGAUGCUUGUUUGGGGAGUCAAACCGACGGACAACGGAAAUCACUUUGACCCAAAAAGCAAUGGCUCUUUGGUUCUCGAUCCAGACUUUACAAUGAGCAAACGUGAUGCUCAGGUUUGGUUGAGGGACCUGUGCGGACGAGUGCAAAACCAAAGCUUUUACUCUGCCCCGUCCGCUGUAGACAAAGAGGCGAUGACAGAUAAUGUCUGUCUUGUGGACCAGCUCAUACACUGGGUAUCUCUCAGAAGGUGCUCAGAGAGUCGCGAUGCACUUAAUCUUUGCUGCAACGACAUCGCUUUCCCAUUCUCCCCUAGCGUCUUUGAGAGCUGCUUGAGCAUGAUGCUGGCAGAGAGGUCAGCUGAGGGCCAUCUGACCAAAGGGGGAGGGCUGUACUUCCAGCCAGAUGGCCGCAUCGCCGCCCUGGUGCUGGCAUUCAAAACCACAUACAGCUACAGCUUCAACUUCAACCAAACGAGUGUUUUCUACAGAGAAACCCUGGCGUGGUUUAACAAAGAAAUAUCAGGAGCUCCAAAAGGGCUGGAGAAAGGCUGGUUCAUCAGCCAGCUGUCUCUUUUUGACCUACAGCAAGCUUUGAGCUCGGAGACACUAGCAGUAGCCGGCACCUCUGUGUCGCUUACAUUUAUUUUGCUUCUCAUAACCACCUGGAGUAUUCCAUUAAGUGUUUACGGGACUGUAGCUGUGGGUGGCAGUGUGUUUGUCACCGUUGGACUCCUGGUCCUCCUCGAGUGGCAGCUUAGUGGCAUUGAGGCUCUGUUGAUCACAUCUGCAGCCGGGCUGUCUGUUGACUUCGUGGCCAACUACUGUAUUUCCUACUGCUUUGCUCCUCAUUCUGAUAAAAUAGGAAAAGUAGCACAUUCCACAAAGAGGAUGGGAUGUCCCGUAGCAAUAGUUUCUGGUGCUUUUUUCUGCACUGGGCUCAUCAUGUCACCUUCGACUGUGUUGCUCUUCAGAAAAUUGGGGAUUUUCUUAUUUUUGGUGAAAUGUGUAGCAUGUGGAUUUGCAACUUUCUUUUUCCAGUCACUGUGCUGCUUCUUCGGCCCUCAGAGGAACUGUGGCAGGAUUCCACUCCCUUGUUUGUCAGACCCGCCUGGCGGGACGGUGUCUUCUUGCUCAGGGGCAGAAGAAGGCUCCCUGCCGACUAACGGGGCUUUUGACAGAGCUAGAUUGAGGAGGGCUUAUGAAAAAGAAGCAGGUGGCUACCUCUACUCGAACCAGCAGAGAGGGAACCAGAUGGGAACCAGAGGGCCGGAACAGUACGAGCUGCAACCUUUAGCCUAUCGACUGAGUGACAGCUUUGAGAACAGCACCUGCACCAGUAAGUUGUCCAACAGGCCUUCUGUGCUGUCUGAUGAGAUUGAAUACUGCGGGAGUGAUGCAGCCUUGGCGGGGGAAAGUGGGCAGACGUGCCAAGCACCUGUAGCUCUGCAGACCUCUUCUCCAUACAAAGAGAACUCAAUGCGAUCUGUGGGUGCCGCAAAGGAUGAAAUGACUCUCGGCAAGAGGUUGUGUAAAUCUUGUCAGGAUCCUUCUAGCACACUGCAACACUGGACCAAUAAAACAUUCUCCUCGUCUUCUAGCAUAGAUGAGACCAUAAUAAGCCACACCCUUGAGACCACUGACCAGACAUGUCUGUGCACAGAUGAGCAAACCACAGAGGAGCAACUCCUUCAGGCCUCCUCUCAGUCCAUUAGCUCCUGCGAGUUCCUGGAUGAUUCUAAUGAAACAUGUUUGAGCGACAUUGAACCAGGGCCUUCCAAUGCCCAGCAAAGUUACGGAGAAGCUCAGUUACAACCGGGACACCUGAAUGGGAAGAGAGACACAUUACAUCUCUCACUCAGGGAGACAGUUUAUGAGACCUGUGGGAAAGGUCGCAGCAGUCAGACUGAGGACGUUGUCAUUUUACCCAAUAGCAAGCCGGAUUUACCAGACGUUUGGAUUAAAAGAGAUGGACGAGAGGAGACGCUAUAAGCGAAGAACACUGUGCAUUAAUUGUCUUAAUAUCUUUUCACAAGGACAUUAGCCCAUUAGCCCAACAUAUUUGUAUUACAAGCACUGACUUCAAUAGGACAACGUUUUCUGUCGAAACGACAUAGCACACAAACAAACGUGCAACCACAGCCUUUUUUUUCCUUUUACACUUAAUCUCAAGGUUAUGCAAUGGUUUUACCUUACAUUUAUUUAGGAGAGGAACAGUGGCUUCUUUACUUUCCACUCCCCUCUGAAACACAGAGAACAGGGUUUUUUAAAGUGUGAGGUGCCAGAAGGGGAAGCGCAACAGCUUGAGAAAAAUAAAGAAAACCUUUUUUAAAGCUGACUUUUGUUAUAUUAGUGCAAAGUAAACCGAUUUUUACUUCGUACAGUGAGUGACUAAAAAGGCUCCCGAAAUUAAAUUUUUGGGGGAGUAGGGGAGGCCUCAACUGUAUUAUAUUUGCUGAGUGGAGGCUCCCCACGUCACAUUUUAGAGUAACUUGGGUCAAGACCCUGGCAACCUUUAAAAGAAUUUUAGAUUUGAGUUCUCGGGUAAAACUAACCAAAAGAAACAUCAAGGGAAGCAGUGAAGAGGAAACGUAAGACCAGAAAUCUGCUGCUAGUCAACAUCAUACAGUUUGUGUGCUAAAUAUUGUAUCGUAAAUGUCAACUAUAAGGAUGGUUGGUAUGGAAAAGGUAGACACCAGGUAGCUAACACUUUAAAGAUCGAUCUUGUCUUUUGUCAGCAGAGGGCACAGUUGGAACAUUCAGAUUUCAAGAAAAAGGGCCCUGCAAAAUACACAAUGAAUGCAGUACAGGAUAAAAAUACAAUGCAUCGAUGCAGUUUUCUUCAUGAUGACAAUGUUCUUUGUUUUGUGUGGCCAUCGAGGAAGUCAAAGCCAGUUCAUUGUGUGUCAUAACUUGUGAAAACUGAAUGCAGUUUAUUCUCGUGCCCGUGACCAAUUUACCACAUCCACGCUAAAGGCAAAUGAGUGUAAUGCAAAUUAAGUAUGUGUGGAUGUCUGUGUAUUCUGUGUAGAUCAAAGUGUGCUUAUCCUUUUCUAAUGACAUGAAUAAUUGUUUACUUUGUGGCAAAAAAAGAAAACUAUCUUUUGAACAGAAAGGUUUGAUUUAGACCCAAUCUCAGUGUCUCAUCAUUGCCAUGCAAAACAAUUAUUGAACAAAAUGUGCCAAAUGUCUAUUGACUGCAGAAAUACCUGUUGUGUGUAUUUGUGUGCCAAAAAGGUAAAACAGAAAUGUUCAUCUUGUUUCUUAAGUGUACCUUUUCUCAUAGGUGACAAGGCUUCACAAUAAAUCCAUACAGUCUGCCUUAAGAAGGAAUCGUUUAUUCCAGGCUUCCCUUCAGAAAAAUGAGAGCACUUCCAAGGUUGUUUCCAAACCGCUGAUAAUAAAACAAUAUUUUCUUGCAG